AAAAAUUCUUCACUCUCUCUACUACUACCUCUUACACACUCUCCCUUUCAGCUUCUUUGGUUAAGUCAAAAUAGUUCUAAGUUCUAACCAUGGUGAAAUCAAAGAAAUUCCGAGGUGUUAGGCAACGUCAUUGGGGUUCUUGGGUCUCCGAGAUUCGUCACCCGUUAUUAAAAAGGAGGGUGUGGUUAGGAACAUUUGAGACAGCUGAAGAAGCAGCUAGAGCAUAUGAUGAAGCAGCAAUUUUAAUGAGUGGAAGAAAUGCAAAAACAAAUUUUCCAGUUUCAGAUAACAAUUCAAUUGGAAAUAACAAUCAAAAACCCUUUGCAACUUCUUCUUCAAUUUCAACUACUACUACAUCAUCACUCUCUGCAAUUCUAAGUGCAAAGCUUAGAAAGUGUUGCAAAUCACCUUCACCUUCUCUAACUUGUCUAAGGCUUGACACUGAAAAUUCACACUUUGGAGUGUGGCAAAAAAGAGCGGGACCUCGUUCAGAUUCCAACUGGAUCAUGAUGGUCGAGUUGGAAAAGAAAAAGAAAGAAGAAGACGGAGAAGUUGUGUCAACUUUUGAUUCUAAAUUGUCUUCUAACGUUGUUGUUAACGAUGAUUCUGAGAAGGUUGUAAAACCAGAAAAGGAAGAUGAAGAAGAAGAUGAAAUAAAUGAUAACAAUAACGGAUUAGAUGAGGAGCAACGAAUUGCAUUGCAGAUGAUUGAAGAACUUCUUAAUCAGAAUUAAUUUAAUUCAUUGAAUGAAUGAAUGAUCCAAUGUGCUUUUUUAUUUAUGUUUAUUGAUUAAGUACCAAAGUUGUUGUUCAUUAAAAAUAUAGGGACCUAUUUGUUAAUGAGAAAUAAAAAGUAUCAAUUUAGUCUUUAUGGUCAAAAUAGUUUCUAGUGGAUACUAAAUUGUAUCUUAAAAUAAUUUGAAAAGUUACUAUUUAGGAUAAAAUUUGUUUGUAAUUGUUUAUAGUAAAUCAGUUAAUUUUUUGUGUUUUUUA